GUAUACAUCUUACAGUAUAUAUAGGUGGGGUUAGCCUCUAGGAAGGCACACAGCUACUGCUCCACUGCCAAACAGAUCUUCUCCUUGCCCAGCCAAGACCACCACAAGAAUCACCAUGUCUAUCACUGAAAUCCUCUCCGCAAAGGACAUUAAAAUUGCCCUGCAGAGUGUACAGCAGGCAUUUGACUACAAGACCUUCUUUGCUAAAGUCGGAUUGUCUGGCAAGUCUCCUGAUCAGGUCAAGCAAGUCUUUGAAAUUAUUGACAGAGACAGGAGUGGAUACAUUGAGGAAGAUGAACUCCAACUGUUCCUUCAGAACUUCGAGUCUGGUGCAAGAGCUUUGAGCGAUGCUGAGACCAAGGCUUUCCUGGCAGCAGGAGACUCUGACGGUGAUGGCAAGAUUGGAGUAGAUGAAUUCCAGGCCCUGGUAAAGGCAUAAAUAGCCUAACACCAAAAAGACAACAAGGACUGAACCCUCACUUCUCACCCAACAGACACCUCAUCCACAACUGGCACCUAUUUGUGCAUUUUUAUACUGUCUCAUGGCAUAGGUGAAAUGCCUGUUUAUUAACUAUGUUUGGGACUGUUGAAAGAUCAUACAAUGUACAGGUAUUCUGUUCAUUUGCUGUUAUGUCUUAAGUGUUUUUGGAUGGCGCUUACGGAUUUCGACCAAUCACAAUGUUGAAGUUGUGGCUGGAAGAUGGAAAAACAAAAAUAAAAAUUCUUUGAAUAAAA